AUGGCUCUUCAUAUUCAUGAAGCUUGCAUACUUCUGUUGGUCAUCCCCGGAUUGGUCACCUCUGCUGCCAUCAGUCAUGAAGACUAUCCUGCUGAUGAAGGUGACCAGACUUCCAGUAAUGACAAUCUGAUUUUUGAUGACUAUCGAGGGAAAGGGUGUGUGGAUGACAGUGGCUUUGUAUACAAGUUGGGAGAACGAUUUUUCCCAGGGCAUUCCAACUGUCCAUGUGUCUGUGCUCUGGAUGGACCUGUUUGUGACCAGCCAGAAUGCCCUAAAAUUCACCCAAAGUGUACUAAAGUGGAACACAAUGGAUGCUGUCCUGAGUGCAAAGAAGUGAAAAACUCUUGUGAAUAUCAUGGGAAAAAUUACAAAAUCUUGGAGGAAUUUAAGCCCUCUCCAUGUGAAUGGUGUCGCUGUGAGCCCAGCAAUGAAGUUCACUGUGUUGUAGCAGACUGCGCAGUUCCUGAGUGUGUCAACCCAGUCUAUGAACCAGAACAAUGUUGUCCUGUCUGCAAAAAUGGUCCAAACUGCUUUGCAGGAACUACGAUCAUUCCGGCUGGCAUUGAAGUGAAAGUGGAUGAAUGUAACAUCUGUCACUGUCACAACGGGGACUGGUGGAAGCCCGCUCAGUGUUCAAAACGCGAAUGCCAAGGCAAGCAGACUGUGUAG